CUUUCACAAACUUUCCAAAAGCAGAAGGGCUAAUAUCUGGGUAAACAAUCUCGUUUAUUCAAGUUCGCGCGAAAAACAAUUGCAUAGCACGGAACGUGCGAAAAAUCAAUUCAUUACGCAAGCGUGCAUUCAACAAUAGCCAAUCAGAAGUCGGCACUUUGCCAGCAUUGACACGAGCUUGUGAUCAGUGUUUUAUUUCCACCUUUGUGACUGUUCUUUGGUGGCGCAUUAAGUUGAUUGAAUUUUCGGUAAUUGUGGUCUUUACUAGGGAUUUUUCUUCAUCCAGGUGAUUAAGGAGAAUAUAUUAACUCAGGCUGUUUGGAUGUUACGUAAAUGCACGCCGUGGAUUUUUACCCCACGUCGCUUGCGGGAGUCGACAGCUUUGUUUUUGCAGACUGAGCCCGGCAGUUGACCUUUGACGAACUAUUUCAUGCCCGGCCGUGAGAGGGCUAUCUUAACAGAAAAGGCCGGCAGCUGUUAUCAUCCUCAAGCCUUUCCCUUAGGUGUGAAAAAUGGAAGUAAAGGUAUGUCUUUCUUGUCAAUUUUUGUUAGGCAAACCAUGCCAUCCCAUACGCAGUCUCACCAAACGAUAGAUCCUGCAGAUCUUGAUCUUGACUGAAAAUCGCUGAUUUGUGUUGCAAUCGCUGAUAUUUUUAAGGUGUCGUUUCGUUUCAGUGCUUAAAUCUUCAAGGGCUUUAGAAAGAAACUGGCUUGUUUAUAUUGAUGGUGGUACGUUACGGUGCUUCGUUUCACCGGCGUUUCAAUAAUAAAUAUUCUGGACAUUACAAAUCUAGCCUCGAUACAUAUUUCGUAAAAUUUCCUUUGUGAUGAGACAAAACAAGUAAAGUUAUUGGUCUCUCUAGAAUUUUAUAAAUGCGGUAAAGAGCCAGCAGAAAGUUUAAUCGAGAACAAAUUGCGGACCCGCACUCGUGUUCACGUAACAUAAAUGAAUUUAGGCUUAUGCAUAUUAAUUUGUUGAAAGUGCCAGUCUUACAAAAGAAAAUAAGCUUAGAUCUUGUUGUUGACCUACUAACACACGAAUCUAUAGCAAUGAUUGUGUUAAUCCUUUUUUUGUCUUCACGGUUUGAGAGUUUUUCGAGAGUUCGUGCAAGUUAGGCUACUGUGUGUUCCAAGUGCCAACUCUCUUUGUGGAGCAUUGAAUUCAGAAUAAUUUUCUAUGUUCUUAGUUAUAAUUCGCUUCAUCAGGCUAGUGUCAUAUCUCCAGCUCACACAGCUUGUCUUGUUUUCAUUUCUGUCUGCCAGAGAAUGUCGCGUUGAUAGAUAAGCUUAAUCUUUUUCCGGAUAACUUAACUUUGCACGUCUUUGAUUUUAUUAUUUAGCAUUAAUUGUAGACAAAUGUACGUUGUAGAUCCCAAGACUAAAUUAUUUUGUCCUCUCUCGUCCUCAUAAAUUUGUUUGAAAGUUCCCCCGUCAGCUCAGGCUUCUUUAAAGUUGUUCCUGACUUAUGCCCACUGCAGAAAAACACUGUAUUUGCUCUGUAUCUGUGUGUGCUAAGUACUGUACAUCAGAUCAAGUGUAGAUCCAUAAUUUGUUGAUCAUUGACCUUAUCUAUCCUUGAGUGUUGUCACAUGAUGUAAAGCAACUAAGGUUUGUCGUCCAAUUGCUAUGCACGUACAUGUGUUAGUCCCUUUUAGGAUAUGAUGUGGCAAAAUAAAAAAGAUCAUAAUUAUGAUACGUAAUCUGAUCACUUCAGACAACUGAUCAGUGCACUUCUUUAAGAUGGACUCGCAAAAAGAGGUGGGACAUUGUGCAAUAUUGCUAUGCACGUACAUGUGUUAGUCCCUUUUAGGAUAUGAUGUGGCAAAAUAAAAAAGAUCAUAUGUACAGAAUCUGAUCACUUCAGGCAACUGAUCAGUGCAGUUAAACCUUAAAAUGGAUUCACAAAAAGAGCUGGGACAUAGAACAAAUUGUUUGCUGAAUUGUCAAUUAUCCACCUGCUUGGUCAAACUAGCAGAUGAGCCCCUCCCCUUCCAAAUAUGUUCCCCAUUCACAGUGGGACAAACAUAAUUGGGGCCACUCAACAUUCACUGGCCAUUCAAAGGUCAUGUUUGUAGCAAAGGAGCCUGACUUUGAUAGUUUGUCGCACUGUAAAUGGUGAGGACAUCACAAAGUCUUUCUUUUCUUGAAUUUUUAAUUUUUUGCACCUUUGAUUAAACUAGCUUCACCAAAGGUGAAAAGUUUCUUUUCCAUUGAAUCAAUAAUAUUCUAGUGAUCCCUAUCUUGCACAUCUCUAUGAACAUGGAGAAUUUUUUUCCAAAGGUUAGUUCAUUGAAGAAAAAACUUCUAGAUCUGUUAAAGUGCCUUCGAGUUGCUCUUAUUCCAGUAAAUAUUUGGUCUUUUUAAUUGUUUUCAACCUGCAAAACAAGGAAUAUUAUUUAAAAUCAAAUCUGAUGGAAUGUAAAUAUCUGGGAUUGUACAAUACAAUGGCUAGCAUUAUUUGAGAUCAGUGUAAGAAAUUGUACCAUUGUAUCAUAUCAGAAGCCUCUGAAACCCUAUCAGGUAGAAAUUUUUGGUUUAAAAUGCUAUGCUGUUUUCAUUAUGCAUCUAUCAAUGGUUUACCCAGCAUGUGGGGGGGUGGGCGGUCAACCCACGGGAAUUAGACUUAGUGAAGUGCACGUGGGUAGAGAGUUUGACAUCCUGAACAUCCCCAGGGUAGGAAAUUUGACUCAGCCACCAUCUUGUAAAGUGGAGGACCAGGGAAUGAGUGAUGAGAGGUCUGCCAUCUUAGAAAAUACCCAGUAAUCACUGAAUGAGUUUCCCACAUUUUGAUGUGUUCAUUUCUUUGUGAAGGAUGACAGAACGAGAGUUAGAAGUAUCUUGUUGCUUUUUAAAUUUUUGAAGUUUUUUGACAAAAAGCAUUUUGUCCCUCGGCAUUGAGAAGCAAUACUCGCACAAAGUCUCAUUUGAAAAUAUGCUUUCUACUUACAUGUUUUCACCAGAGGCUGCCCUGCCACAAGUUUUUGAUAUAACGGAAAGAUAAAAAACUCAUACUGGACUGCAGUUACAAACACCAGCCCUUCUAUUAGACAUGACCCUUCUUGAUGAUGACAUGUCAUGUUCUGGCAUUGCACAUUUUUCAUUGCUGUAAAUAUUGUGUGAAGCAAUACAAAGGUACUCUCGGGAGUAUAAAAUGUGCUAGCCAUGCUAAGGAUCCAGCUAGAAUAUGUCUUCUACACUUUGGGAAAUGCACAAAGUAUACUGAUAAUAUUUCUUUUUUAGAGGUAGAUGGACCUAUAACUGGGAGCACUUAUAAGUGGGGGAGUGUAUAAGUGGCAGUUUACAGUAUGUGCAGUUAGAAUAAAGAGAAAAUAAGCUAAAAAUACUAUGAAACUAAACAAUGCACACAGUUGCCACUACAAUGAACUCCUUGAACAAUAGAAAACUUUUUCCCUGUAUUUGCAUGGCCUGAUAUAAGCGCGAGAGGGGAUGGGAGAAUCCGAGACGGCUAUGCAAACCUGAGAUGAAGUCCAGGGUUUGCAUAACUGUAGAGAAUUCUUCCAACCUCUCUUGUGUUUAUAUCAGGUUAUGCUGAAAAAAAAUGUAACACUCUUUGUUAUGACGCUGAUUAAAAGAGAAAUUCUCACUAGUCACGAAGUUUUGUACAUGAAGUCUUGCUUGUGUAAUCAGUUUUUGUUUUGCAAAAAAGAGGUGUUCCAAAAUAUGGAUUUUUCUCACUUAAAAUGUCAGCUCAUGUUAAGUGAAAAAAAAAUUGACACAGCAUGUUUUGUAAAGAUUUUCCAAGUUUCAGCCGACGAGGGAAUGGGUAAAUGUUACGUAAAAUUGUUGAGUGUUCAACUAAAAAAUUUUUUCAAAUUCAUGCCUGCAUGAUUAUCAUGCGAAAAGCAAAACAUCUUGACGCCACAACCAUGUUUACAUACUCUCAUGCAAACAUGCCUGUCGGCCAAUCAGAGUGUGAGUACUAUCAUAGUUAUUUUAUGAAGUAAGUCAUAAUCACAUUAUGAUACCAAGCCCUUCUAAACUGUGAAGUUGCAAGUACAUUUAUGAUAAUUUUAAUUCUGGCUAAUGGAUGGGCCAGGUAUUAGUUCCUACUUCUGUGGUACACUCAUACAGAAAUUAAAUAAAGCAUCAUAGUUUUUCAGAUUGCUUGUUUUUGUUUCUUGCCUGGUUGGUUCAUCAAGCAUACCAUACAACAUAAAAAAAUGCAAGACAAGACAAAGCUAAAAAUUUUGACCUGUUUUCUUUUGGUAAAAAUAUUUUAAGUCAUACUUGAACUGGAAAAUUACAUCACCAAGUAGAAAGAAUAAGCUAAGGAUAUUUAAUUACUUGUCUCGAUAUAAUGAGAAACAAUAAUUGUUUCUCAAUAUAUCGAGACACGUAACAAUCUCUGUCGAGGGGCAUUAUGGGCAAACAUGCAGUAAUAAUCAAGAAAUAACUAGUUUGUGACCUGGUUUCUUUGGAUUCAUACCUAUCUUCUACUGGAUUGUACCUGCCUUUCAAUGGAUCAACCUCAUAAUGCAAUAUUUGUAAGCUUUAUUCCAUUGGUUUAUUCCUCUAUGGCAUUUGAUUAAAGGCACGAGAAAUCGUCUAAUUAUAGAGUUAUUUUUACCUGAUAAAGAACUUAGGGUUAUCAGUUUUGAUUUUCAUACCAAGAAGAGAAAUUAAUUAUAAUUUUAAAAGGAAGUUAUUUGCUUUUCUUCUUCCCCAGUGCUAUAAAUGAUUAAUUUUACCACAUUAGCAUUAGCAAGAUGAAAGCAUAUUUAAUUUAGCUGCCUUCAAUGUUUAUCACAUUCCAAAAAUUUGCUCAGUAUGUUUUGUAUACAUUAACUUAAAGUUUGGUUAUGUCACGUGUAGUUUAUGUUAAGCGUGCUUUAUGAUUGAGUGGCUUUCAAAGCAAUUAUCUUUUUUAAUGUUUAAUAACAGUUGCAUCUGUUUCCUGGUAGAGCCAGCUAUUAUAUAUAAUGUAAACAAGUCUUCACUAAUUAACUCAAGUUAUGCAGUCCUUAGUGACCAAGAAGCAGACAAGAAUUAAAAUCAAGAGUAAAUCUGAUUUUUACUUAAUUAUUUCAGCAUGAUGUUAAUCCAUUUUUUAUUAAUUUUCAAAUCUCCAUUGUCUUGUCAUUAGUUCAAUUUUUAAGGUUUCAAUUUAACUUCCCCAUGAAUAACUAAAAGUAGUUUAUAAUUGCCAAGAGGACACUUUCCUUGAAGAAGUUUUUGAAGUCUCACUUGAAAUAGAUUUGUUUAGUUAUAAAACUAUCUAACUUUUUUAACUUUAAAUUUCUUUUGUUCCUGCCAGGUGCAUGUAUUGGACUGAAAUUGCAACUUUCACACAGAUGUGUGACAGUUAAUUUGCAUCCCAUUACAAAGAUUUUUGCAGUUAGUUUUUGUCAUAAAUCAUUCAGAUUCAAUGAUGAAAGUGAUAGAGUUUCAUUUUGUUCAUCUUUGUUUAAAAUUUUAUAGCUGACAAUAGUACCUGCAUGUCGUGGAUUGAUUUCUAAAGUCCAUUUUUCUUUCUUUACUUUCCCUCCUGCCUUGCUUCAUGAGCGCUUCGAUCCAUUCUUUUCUUAUUAGUAAUUAUCCCAACAAGUUUGUAAUUUCCUGUCCGUUAAUGACAAAUCAGUUCAUGUUCAAAAGUUUAUCUGACAGUCAAAAGCCAUUAACUGCAGGCAUUACUUAGCCAUCAUACACAAACCACAGGUAGUUGUCAAGACCUCAUGUGAGGGAAAUAUGGUUUUUAUAUGCUUAACAGUUGUUAACUCACAGGUAAGAACAAGAGGCUGAAGCUAUUGUGUUCAAGUUCAACUCACUCUGAACUAAUAAUACAGUGUUGUUUAUAUUAUUUCGUACUGGUUUUGUUUUCAAGUUGCUCCUUGAGGUAAUAACUGUGGUUAUCGUUCAUACAUAUUACUGUGUUUUUAAAAGCUACCAUAACUUCUCUUCUGCCUUUAAAUAUGUCCAAGAUGUUUUCUUCCUAUUUGUUGUAUUAUCCAAAACAACCAUAUUUUUGUAGAGAUGAUUGGAAAGGGAAUCUUAAACAGAGAUUUGUAAGUGAUUGUGUUGCUGUAUAGUAACUUCCUCCUUCAGAUUAUUCAAGAGGUAUCAUAUAGGAGGAAAUAGGAAAUCUAAAUCUGUGGCAUUUCCAUGGGCAAGAAGUUUGCACUUUUGGUAGAGUUUAAAAUUCUCCAUAACCAUUUUCUCUUCCUUUGAGUAAUGUAAAAUUAAGUGAUUUACACACUGCAUUAACUCUGCAACAGUAAACACAAGAAGCUUUCUUAGAAGUUAAUAAUUCACUUACUGUAUUUUUGAGCUGAGUUUCCUGAAGUUCUCCUUGCAUGCAGUUAAAUCACAAUUUCUUUGAUCUUCAAAGAGUUAUAUGGGGUGUCAAUGUUAUAGAUUGAGUUACAAGCAUGUGGAUGAGGACGAGGCUGAGUAAUGAUAUGAAGAAUUAUGCAGAUUGAGGAGGGUGUUUUUUUUACCUAAGCAGGUACACCGUCUGAGAUGUGUAUAAUUCUUUACAUCAUGCAAAAGCCUGCAAAUCCAAUAAUUAGUGACAGAGUACUUCAUUAGUUAUUUAAAAUAAUAAUAACAUUAUUUCCUACUUAAUCAAUCUUCAUAAAUUUGACCUGUCUUCUUGACCAUUUGUCUGGUUCUUGGAAGUUUUGUCUGUAAGUAAUAUUCUUCAGUAGUAGUUGUGGUACAUUAAGUGGUGAUUUUGCUCUCCUUGCUAUAUAAUUAUGUUUUACGCUGUAGUUUGGGGAUUUUUUUCCAUCUCAUAAUGUGUGAAAUCUCUGGUUCUGCCAAAACAGCUGAGCUACCAUUGCCUUCCUCUGUCCUCUUUCUUUUGAUAUUGGAACAAUUGAUGUCAUUUGUAGUGAUUUGGUCAAAUGUCUUCCAAAUUUGGUAAAAGCAGCUGCAGUUAUGAAGAAUUAGCCAGGGGAUUUGAGCAAAUCAGAAACCAUAGAAAUUUUUGAGAAUGAAUAAUGGUCAUACCCAUCAUAUCCAGCUUACCUUUUGAAAGAAUUAUUUAAAUGUUAUUUUGCAAUAAUUGUAAUAAUGACAAAAUUUCAUGUCAAAGUCAUCUGCAGAGGCCUCUUUGUGUAGUAGGGUAAGCGUGUGGGCCAGCUUUGCAUCCAUGAUGUUUUUGUUCAAUCAAAUUGUGCCAUGCACAAAUGCAUGGGAUGUUUUGUUUGGUUGAAUUCCAUGGAGAGCAUUUCAUUUUGUUUGAUUGUUUGUGCUUUGUAAAGAACAUAAUUUUGAGCGGUACACUGUACUCUAUGACCAGUUGCCAGACUUAAUUUUGUGUUCUUGAAAAUUGAAAAUCAGAUACAUCUGUAAGAGUAGGAUGUUAUCUUUUUAGCAUCAGUCAUUGAUCAGGUUGUGGAUGAAGAUUAUAUGAAGCAUAUAAUAAUUUUAUUAUGUACCAUUGUAAAAAAAUGUUGUGUCUUUGUUCUUUCCAUUUUUUUCAUCGAUCUACUUAUUAUUAUAAGUAGCUGUUCAUGUUGUCCUUCAGCAGCAUAAUUAAAAAAUGUUACUGUUCUAGCGAGGCCUUAAACGGCUGUUUUAAAAGAUAAAACAGCAGUUUAAGGCCUCACUAGAACAGUAACAUAUUUUAUUAUAAUUAGCUUUUUUAUAGUUUGUUCCCCCUUUAAUUUCUCAACUAUUGGGCAGUUGUCUUUUUAAUGUUUCUCUGUCUGUCAGUUUGAUUGCCCAGGAUCAAUAGUCUUUUGCUCUCAGUGUAACCUUAACAGAAUUUUUACUAGCCACUGCAACUUAACUAGAUUCAAAUCAUUUAGAUUUAGUUCAGCAUGAGAAACACCAGUUGACUGAAAUGAUAGCUUUAAAUGCCAGAAUAUUACUAUUUUUGGCAUUUUGGUACAUGUUCAUGUAUGUGGCACACUUUUUUAAAAUACCUUUGUUGGAAUUAAGGCUUUAAAGGAUUAUUUAAGAUUUAUCUUUAAUAGAGGAAGGGUAUAAUCUUCCAGACAGACAUCUGGCAGACAGAUCAAGAUAUUAAAUAUUAAUACUUUGGGUUUUAAGUAACCGUCUUUUAAAAUAAUAUGUUGUUGUUUUAACACUUAACUUGUUGUCUGAUACAAUUUUAUUACUUUAUUUGUCCUGUCUGUUAAAUUCAUCAAAGUUCAUAAAUGCUCCAUGGAAACCUAGGUCAGCUUUGUUAAUUUUUUGUAGAAGUCGUUCAUUAUGUAUUAGACUAACAGUCUUAAUUCAGGUUGGGGUGAGGACUGCUUAACUUAACUGUCAUCACAGUCAUUUUGGUCUGAAAAUAGGCUGAAAUAAUAAAAUUAGAUUAGGAACGAUUGACUAAAACUUUUGGGAUAAGGUCUGACAGAAUGUGCAGACAAAUCCCUGAUUUUGAUCUGAAUUUGUGGGAUGGGAAAUAUAGUAUUACUGUGAAUCCUGUAUUACAUGUACCCCCCCCCCCCUGCCCCUCCCCCUAAGUAGAAAUGAAAAUCAUGCAGUGACUCCCAAAGCUUCAUUUUUGAGCUUACUGUCUUAUAGCCAAUAGCUUUAUGCUGUCAUUGGCGUAAGAAUUAAUGAAUAAAUGAGUGAUGGCAAGGUCAUUUCUAUAGCUCUUGUAGCGCAUGGCAUAAACACGUAACCUUCGGUCCAAAAGGUACCAGGUUCAAUAUCUGCUAUUGCCCUUAUCGCCCUAUAGAAUUAUUUUUUCUUCUUCUUCUUUUUCUUGUUCGGAGUAGCAUUGCUGGGUUCAAAACCUGGCAUCGGCCAUAUUUUUUCCACGAAUUCUGUAGAUUCCUUUCUUCUUCUCUUUUUAUGGUUAGUGGAGUACCGACUAUUCAUCACCAAUAAGCUUGUGCCCUCUCAGAGGACUAUUUUUGAUGUAAAAUGAACCUGUUUUAAGCUUAAACACCUCUAUUAAGCCGGGGAGUUAUACAAGAUCCAUGGGUGACUGUAUAUAUAAUGUUCCCAUACAUUAAACAGGUCACGCUUUCAGUCAUUAACAUUGACUUAAUGAUAUUAUAAUAUUUAACCAUCCAGUGACCCUGGUUCAAUUCCUUACCAUGGAGUCUUGGCCACACUUAAAAAUAGCCAAUGGCCAAUUUGUCUCCUGUCAGUUAUCUUAUUUGGUUUAAUUGAUUUCAGAGUGAUGGUGUUGAUGAGGAGAUGAAGGAUGAUGUUGAUUCUGUGCUGAGCUUGCUUGACAGAAUAAAGAAAGAAAAGGAGAAAGCACUUCUUCAAACAGUAAGAUUAAAAUAAUCUUUGUGUAAUACAUAAAUAAUAAUAAUAAAAUAUUAGAUUAUUAUUAUUGUUUAUUAUUACGCUUAGGUUAUCGUAGUGUGAUUAAUUGAAUAAAAAAUAAAAAUAAAUAAAACUGCAUUUUGCAUUUCUCAGGAUGCAAAGUGGUUACCCAUAGAUAAACCACUGACCUUACAGAGAAGAAUCAACAGCAAUUUUAAAGGGCAGUGCCACUUAUUAUUACAUGCAGGGAUGAAAUAAAGUUCUCUCUGGUCCUCUUGCCUUGGGAAAGAGGGCUGCCACUGUAGGGUUUCUUGUUGCUGGGUCCGUGCAAAUCUGUAGUCAGGGAAUUAGCCAUCUAGAAAGUUCCUUUGAUUUUGUGUUCCUCUUAUUUUCUUUGAGUCAUGCUCAUAGUAGUAAAUCCCCAGUCCCCAGCCCUUUGUGACAUGAGCCUUGUAUAAGUAUUGUUAACCUAAUUGUGUCAUGUCAUUUGCAGACUAAUAUAAUGUAAAUAAGUGUAUUAGUGGUGAUUAAUAAUUGGACAAUAAUAAUUCCUGAUUACCAACAACAUUGCAUAAAAGAAAAUUUAGUUGAAUUAACAACAGUGAUGUAAUAAGUCAAUUUACCGCCAUAAAGAAAUUUCAAAGCUGACAUUUUAAGCACUAUGUAGCCCUUCAUUAGUGUGAAUUGUUUCUCCUAGGGUGCUUACUAUUAACGCAUACCAUCCAGGUUAAAAUCUUGUGCAUAAACAUGUGAAAAUUAAAUUUGAUGUUGUGGGAGAAGUACGGCCACAAGGCAUAUAUAAAUCAGUUCUCUAGAGUGGAAAAAUAGUGUAAAAAAAUUUGCAUUUCCUCCAUCAACAACCCAAAUUUUCUGAAGCAUCCUAAAUACAAUGUGAGUAAACCGUUUUAUUCAGGUUCCAACCAAAAUUUGAGAUUUCUCCAUGAAAAUAGUAAGUACCCCUGGUUACAGGGGUCCAAUUCUAAAUUAAUUUAGUUGUUUUCUUUAAUAAAUAUUACCCUUUCUCUUGGCAUUUUCUCAGACUGGAUCAAGGCCAGUUCAAGAAAAUGGAAGAAUCAUUCCAGGUAUGGUAAUCAUUGUACUCAAUUAUUGCAGUCAAUUUAUAUGACCAAAAUUAUGAGCACAUUUCAAUGUAAGUAAUGUGUUAUACUCUGUCAUGCAUAUGAUGCAUGUACUAUGCCUUAUUUUCAUACGCAUCAUGAAAAGAUUGCCUUAGUUAUAAUGGGUAAUCAUUAGAGGUGAUUGUUAAAUUUAAGAUAAUUAUUUGAAGUAUUGUCCAAAAAAAAGAGGCAAUUAGAUAAAAGGGAAGUUAUCACUUAAUUUUUAAUUUUUGGUAUUAAGUAAUAUGUGUAUACAUGUAUUAAACACAUAACAGGGUGGAAAAAAUGAGGUGCAGCUAGGUUUUUUUAGGUAUAAGUUUAAGGGUGCAUUUGAUUGAUUGUAUUCCAGAAUAAGAAUACGCAAAAGUUUUGUUAUAAGUCUUUUGCACCAUGAGUAUUUGGACCAUUUAAAUGCUACAUACAUAGAGAGGAGAAGUUGUUACAUCACAUUGCCAUGGUAGCAAAAAUUUUGGAUGACAACAAACCAAAAUGUCAUAUAAAAAGUACAUUUGCACUUCUUCAAACUUCAUUGAUCUUAUUUAAUUUCAUUUAAUUUGUCAAAAGUUGGUGAAAUUUUCUGGGUUAAAUCUGAAAGGACCGUAAGUAAAUUUAGGAAAAAAAAACAAAAUUUUUGUGUUUUGCUCACCUACUCGAUAAAGCGGGCGCGUGAAAUUAGUUUCUUGUCGUAUUGUUUUUUUGCUGUUCGCCGUCACCAUUGCAAAAACUCCCUCUUGUUGUCAUCCAGAAAUUUUGCUACCAUGGCAGGGUGCAAAGAAAAUCGUUUUUACAGCUUGCCAUUCGGGCAAGCUGAAGCUAGCAUUUACUAGCCCAGAUGUCAUUUCAACUAGCCCCAAAAACUUUUUAACUAGCAGAAUUGAUUUCACAGUUCUUCUGUUAUUCAAAUUCCUCAAAAAACCUCACUUUCCCAUUGGGCAAGUUAAAAACAGAAUUCACCAUCCCGAUAGCAAAAUCCACUAGCCCUUGGCUAUCGGACAGUACUUUCUUUGCACGCUGCAUGGUAACAUGACGUCACACUUCUCCUCUCUAUUAAUAUUUUAUUUUAAGCAGAUUUGUAAGAUAUUGCAAAUUAUACAAUCAAUACUAAAGCAAAUGAUUUGUUGAGUUUAUUCCAUUGAUUUUUAUUCCGGAAUACAGUCAAUCAAAAACGCCCUAAGACAGGUGUGCUGGGGGUCUGGAUUUGUGACAUCUCAACGUAACAUUUUAAGUACGCAGUGAUUUUUUAUGAAAUUCUGAGCUAAAAUUGGCAAACAUUCUUUGUAAUAAUAUUGAGAUCCAAUCUCCAAACCUCCUCCUAGGAUGUAAUUUUUCUUUAUUUCUCUUCUUGAUUUGUUUUUAUAAGUUUGAAAACCUUUUUUUUUUCCAGAUUCAAAGGAGAAUGAUGUUAUUGAUGAGCUGCAGAAGAAACAAACUUCUAUGGUGAUGAAUUUAAAGUCUGUGGUCAAGUCAAAGGAGUCCGGUGCAAUGUCUGGCAGCUCAGGAGGCGAAACUGCACAAAGUGACUCAGGAGACAACUCUAAAAAGAGAAAACAGAAUGCUUUCUUGGUGGAGGUUCAGGAAAGGGCAGAGGUAAGGAACACACUGUACAGAAACAGCUGCAAAUUAAUGAUGAGGUACAAAAGCUAAUGGUCAGAGCCACUAUGUAUGUUAUGUUUCAAUUUUGUACUUGGUUCAAAACAUGUUUUGUUUGUUUCUAACACAUUAUCAAACGUAACCAUACCAAAAUUAACAAUAAUUAUAUUAAUAAUAAAAAAAUUCAACCAAUAAUAAAUUAUUAAUACAUUAUGUGCAGCUGUAUACAAUUUUCCUCUCAAAAAUUGCCAAAUAAUUGUUUUCUGAGUUUAGUUUACUUUGUUGUUGUUUUGUUUGUUUGUUGUGUAUUUGUGCCCCAGUAACACUCUCUAGAAUGAACACUAAGGUAGUCCCAGAUUUAAAUUUAUUCAUCAAAUUGAAAUAUAGAAAUACGUGAAAAUUCAUAGCUGAACCAAUGUUCAAAACUGCUUCUUAAAAAGAAUCUCAUAAGCAAACAUAUUACUCGCUUUAAAUAUAAGGGAGGUGCCGGACUUCCUUGGGAAUUGUUAUGAAUGCAUGCAAAUUAACUAGUAGCCUGAGUAUCAGGCGUUUCUGGGGAAAAAGGGAAAGAUGGAAGCGAAAAAGGGAGAGAGCUGAAGAGCUUCUCCCCUUCCCCCCCUCCCCCAUCUAAAAUCUCCUCUCCCCUUGCCCCUUAGGAAGGCCUGAUACUCAGGCUAAUUAACUAGUAUCCUGAAAAUUGUUUUGAAAACAGCAGUGUAUCUGUUACAGGUCAAAUUUGAUUUCAGGUUAACUUUCAUUUAACCUAAGUUGAUUCUCAAUUUCGAAUGUCUCCUAGCCCUGGAAGACAAAGGAAAUUAAGAAUCAACCAAGGUUAAGAAAUUUUAACCUGAAAUAAAAUUUGACCUGUAACAUAUCCAACAAAGCAUUUAGAGGUGAGCCUUUUGGCUGGGGCAUCACUAUGUGUGUUUGCAGUUAUUAGUAAAAGGCGUUCUGCAGAUUUUAAGGUGUUGCAGUCAUGCAGACAUUUUAUUUGUUGUACAUGCAGGUAAUAAGUAAAAGUGCCAGGAAAGCGCCAGAAGCAGUUGUGUCAUCAAUGGGACAAAAUAUGGAAGAAGAUCCUGAUACAGUAAGUGAGCACUUAGCCACAGUCUUGGCGUUAGUGUUAGUAGAUUUGGAUCGUUACAGUUUUUGUUUCAGUUGUAGUGUACUUGUAGUGUACUUGGCAGUAAUAACUUCAACAGAGUGAGGUUGCAUUUUUGAUAAUGGACAGAAAAAUAGAGCUCCAGACUCCCGGCCUUUAUUCCCACCAUGUUGCAGUAAUCUUCUUAGCAAAUUCAACCAUCAUUGUAUAUUUGUGUCGGGCAUGGCUACAUUGUAGUUUGUUGGUCAUUUAAUAUCAGUGCUUUUCCUAACCUUUAACCUCCCUCAUAUCAUACCCGCUGUUUCAAUGGAGGCAUGGGAACCAUUUCAUUACGGAUUCCAUACUUUUAAAACCUGCAAAACCACAAAGGUUGCUAGUGGAAUCUACUGGGUUAAAUUAAAAAAACAAAAAAACAAAAAGCAAAGCGAGCUUUUACAUAGUCUUGGCAUCAGUGUUAGUAGUGUGGGAUUAUGACAGUUUUUGUGCUGUUUGCAGUGUACUUAAGUCUUGGUAAUUAUAGCUUAAACAGAAUAACGUUAAGGUGUUUUGUUGAAAAAGGAUCUUUUUAAACAAAUUAAUAGAAAAGAUAAGAGCUCUUGAUUCCUUUAUGGCCACCAUGUCGUGUUAAAAUUUUUAGCAAAUUCGACCCCUAGACCACAAUAUACAUGUAUAUAGGAAUCAAGAUCUGCUGAUGCAAGAGAAAGAAGAUUAUUCACGUACGCAAAUAACACCGCCAUUCGGUUCUAAAUUUUACCACUUCCAAAGCCAAUCGUGCAGGCGCGUACACUCUAUUUCAGUUCUAAUUUUUUGAUUUUUGAUUUUUGACGAAAUGUAGUGGUAUGAUCAUUCUAAUAAAACAUCCUUCUCAACUCAAGGUCUUAUUUCAUUUUUUCCCCUCUUUUACUUACCACUUUUAAAAGUUAGUCGUUACCGUUAUUGGCUGGGAAUAAAACUAAUGUGGGUAUUCAGCAUUAGAGCGGAACUAUAGCAAUCUGGCAUAUGAGCAUUAUUGUCACUCUGCCCCACCUUCUUAUUUGUAGGAACAGUUUUUGAAGAAGAUUCGAGCAGCACCUUCAGUGUCAAGUGAAAAGCAAGUGAGUUAUUUCAAAACCGUGCAUGCAUUGUUUUCUUCCUUUUCCUGGUGUUCGUUCACUCACUCACUCACUCACUCACUCAAUGUUGUCUCCGACAUUUUUUUCCAGCAGACAGGAGUCGUAGAGACUAGAGAACAAAGAAGUAAAUCCGCAUCAGAGGUUGAUUUGUCAGUAGUAGUGUCGGUAAGUAAAGCUUAGAGCCUGCCCAUCACGCAGACGGUUUUCUGGCUCGUCAUGAAAUCCUCCCCAACGAGGGGAAAGAAUGCGUUAUCAAACGCUAAGAACGUCUGCGUGGGAUGCUAUCUAGCAUGCUACCUUUUCUCUUUCUCUCUUUCUCUUUUCUCUCUCACUCGAAAGGUUGUGACACUUCACUAUCUUCCAGUUUACACUCUGCUCCCCUCUCCAAAGUGUAUGCCAUUUUUACUUACAAAAUAGUUAUUUUCCUUUCCCUUUUUCCUUGACAUGUACAAACUUCCACCCUCUUCCCCGUCCUUCCCCGCUGUAUUAAGGACGUAGGAUUUGUUAGCUUUCAAUGCGCGUCUUUAAAUUUUAACUACAACUUAAUUUUCAAUUUCUGCUCAUAACGGUAAUGAUUCUGAUACUCAACGAUGGAAAAUGUGUGCCGUUUUGUUCCUCUCGUCCAGUGGCCUUUUAUUUUGCGUCCAUUAGAUAACACGCACUUAAAGCUUAUUUUUGAAAUGUUAGUUCAGCGUAUUUUAAAUGUUACUUACGUAUAUAAACAUAAAAAGUAUCGUUUCUCUUCGUUACAGACUUCGUCGCAGCUGAAUUUGGAGCCUCAAAAGUCCAAAAUUCCACUCGGGAGAUCAGGAUCGUUGAAGGGACGUAGGAAACCCACGGCAGCCGCCAGGCGAAAGAGUCUGAAGUCAGGAGUAACAGACGACUGGGACGAUACAAAUGCUAUAAGUGAAGAAGAUGACUCGUAAGUCGCUAAAAACCAACUACUUUCUCUUUUGUGGAGGCUUGCUUAGCAGCACGGCGUAGCAGUCGUUUCCUGGUGCGAGGGAGCAUGGACCCAAGGAAAUGACUCAUCGCACCGCAUGUUUCCUCGCGCCUCAUGCGCUUUAGAAAGAAAAGGGCUGCUACGCUGAUAGGUUUUCCCUUUAUGCCAUUGUUUUGGUGGCUGGAACUAAAGUGUGGUAGUUUGGGCUUUCCAAGAGCGAUACUCUUUACUCGAGCCGACAGACUUCUUAUACCCCCGAAACAUGUUAGUGCAUGUGAAUAUCACGUGUCGUAUAAACUUGCUUUGCUUGUACGGGUGGGUUCUACAGCUACUGGUCAGGUGCAGCUACCUGUCAGGUGUUGAGAGUUUUGAUUGUGAGGCUUUCUUCCUUGUAGAAUGGACGAAGAUGAAACCGGAGUGGGUUUGUCAGGCGGGAACUUCAUCAUAAAGGACCCUCCUCAGAUGGGUGCAGGUGGUGAAGUAAAACCACGAACCAAGCCUAAGCCAAAGGUUAAGAGUCAGACGGUGGCAGGAAUAGCGCUACCGGGACUCGCUCAGGCUUUAAGCAAGAAAAACCUCCAUGAAGACGAUGUGGUAAGUUGAAUUUUAAAAUAUCUUCUUGUUUGUUUGUUAGUUGGUUGGUUCUUUUCUUACAUGUAGUUUUAAGUCCGUAAGCACUUGUAAUUACUUGCGGUUGUUAAAGGCUGUGCGUAGUUUCUCCACGCUACGAUGUUAAUCAGUUUAGGGCCUGCUGCCUUAAAAAACAAAAUGUAAUUUUAAUUCUAUCUUCUUGAUUAAGAAUUACAAUAAUCCAUUCCACCCUAGCCUGAGUAGAGGUGGCCGAAAUUCAGGCGUAUUCCACUGAGCACUGUUUUUGUCUUAUUUCUGUGGUUCUUGCAAGAGAAGAAAAAGUCUGAUAAAUCGACAGUAGAUGUAAGACACACAAAUUUCGUGGAAUAUUUGGUUUUGUUUAAUUCCCAUUUUCGGCAAGUACUUUUCUGGCAUGACACUUUCUGCUCUAUUAAAUACUUACUCUUGUAAUACAAGAGUAAAUGGCCGCUUAUUGUACAACGUUUCCUGUUUCUGCAAAUCGUACAAAUUCCUUUUAUUGAUUGCUUCGAAAUAAACUUAAUAGCCUGCGAACGGCAGACGUUUCUCCUCGCUCAUCGCCGCUGAGGGAUGAUGACGUCUGCCGUUCGCAGGCUAUAAACUUAAUGACCACAACGUUAUGAUAUUCAUUCCCAAAAUGGACCGUUUGAGAACUAUUUCCAAAAGCGCAGUGCUCAAGUUCUACGAAAGCACUUUCGGAAAGAGCACCGAAGAAGCAUAAUAUUGCAUGUUAUUUAUUUUCUUCAGCGUCCUCAGGUUAGUGCGGCAGAAAUCGUCCGUGCAGCUGCUGAGAACAAAAAGAAUCGAGUAGUCAAGGAAGAAAGAGUGGAGAAAGAACCGGAAAAACCAGCUUGGUUGGUAGAAGCCGAGGCGAGGAGGAAACUUCAUGAACAACGGAGACACAAUAGAGCAAAACAACACGAAGAAAUGGACAACGAUAAAACGGCGGAAAGUAAACUUUUGAAUGGUGUUGUUUUAAGUCCAGUUACUCAGAGAUCCGAACGAUUCACUAAUAAAACAGAAAACAAUGGAACUAGUUUGCCUCACAAUGUCAUGGUCCGUCCUGUUCGGAAACCCGAUCCAGUGCCGACGAGAUCCGAAGAUGACAGCGAUGUUAGUCGGAAUGCAUUAAACGUCCGCCUACGUUCUGUGCCUAAACAAGGCAUUUCAGCCACUGACAGCGACAAUGACAAAGAGAACGAUAGUAUCAAACCUCAUAAUGUUCACUUACGCCCUAUACCGAAGCCAGAACCUGCAGUUAACAAUGACUCAACUGAGGAUAUGCGGGGAAGAUUUCAACCCGUGCGUUUGAAACCACUUUUUUAUCCAACUGCGCCCACAACUCAGAGGUCCCAAAAAGUUGCGGAUUCUGAAGUAGCACCAUCCUUAAAAUCAGCAGGGACAUUAUCUGCGGGUCCUGCAGUUGAAGCGUCCGAAGUCGUUCCGAUGGCGGUACGAACAUCUUCCGAAGUAACGGCUUCCAGUACAUUACCUAUCAAACCAGUAACGCAAUCCUUUUUGCAGACGGUUUCUUCAUCUCGUGUUCAUGUAAACGACGAUGCGUCGGUACAUGCCGCCGUGGAAGAGGCAAAAUCAUCCCCCGAGUUUCACGUCGUUCGUGCUCUUUCGGCGAUUACCUCGGAAAAGCGGACGAUGAAACGAUCAGAACCGAAGGUUGUCGAAGCCUCCUCGCGUCCAAGAGGCGGCUCCAUAGUUACGGUCUCGUCUAAUUAUGUGAGUGCACCGCAAAAGAUGGCACCUAAGAAGAAACCAAAACCAGCAAACAGAUCCAAAACAGUGACUGUAACCGCAUCAGAGGUACCGGAUCCUUUAACAGUUAGGAGGAAGAGCGUUGAAUUAGUUCAUGCCAAAGUAGAAGGUAUGGGCACCUGGGCAACCUCAACUGGUGUAUCGGUUGGUGACCCUGUGUCACACAAUGUGAAGUCACACGGUGAUCUGUGGAGAGUCAGGCACGGAAGUGACUCGCGUGACAGGGCAGAUACGUUUGAUUCGGCCUACAGACCUACCUAUACAGGGGAGGUGUUACCGAAAUGGAAGAUUGACCUUAUUCAGAGGAAGAAGAACGUUACAACAAGGCCAGGUAUGGGAGUUACUUUUAAAUUUUAUCGACUGGAAAAAUAAGCCUACGAAAAUGAGACUACAACCUUCAGAGUCAUCAAAAUAGUUAUUUUAUAAACGUAAGCCGUUGCAAAUUUUGGGUCGCCUGUAUGUUUUCCAAGUUUUAGUACCGGCGAUACAGCUUCGUUCCCAGUCCUAUCUCUUUGUUAUGUAAAGUAACCUGGCAUGUUCAAUCGAUAAAAUUGAUAAUCGAUAGACUUCGAUAACAAUCGAUAGUAACUGAUUAAUUAUAUCGGAAAUUGAUAGAAAUCGAUAAAAGAAUUUCUUGUGAGUAAUUGUUAUUUAUCAAUUUUUCAUUUAGUUUUAUCAAUAGGCGACGUUGUUAUACAGACUUCGCAAGCGACUUUGAAAUCUAUAUUUAAAGGGCAACAAUCAAACCUUGAGUAGCGGACACAAUUUUUAAAUGCAUAAACUAAAGAUAAAGUAGUAAGUUUUAAGCGAUUCUAUAACGAUCGAUAAAUCCGAUAUGUUAUAACCUGCGAUCAAGUCUUCUUUUUUUGGACAAGAGUGAUGGCUCCAAAGAAAAAAAGGAAGGAAGGCCGCCUGAUCACAGGUUAAUAAUGAGACCUUCUUAGCGUGUGAGUAUUGAUUUCUAUCGAUUGGUUUUUCGAUAUCGGUUUCACGAUUGAACGUGCUGGGAAAGUAAGAACUUAUUGGGGUAGUUAUAAGAGUCUCAGGAUGGACGACAGUGCCGGCAGUAGGAGGUACUCGCCGAUUUUCAUCUCGGAGUUCAUUUGACGCAAUGUGUUAACAUUUAAUUUGCCCCACUUAGCGACUGGGGUAGAUUCUGGUGUUGAGAUGUUUUAAACAGGUUUUUUCCCGCCCUUUUACCCGGUACCAGCUCCAUAUUUUCCCGCGGCUGUCAGAGUUUGACCUGCAAAUGCUGGUUAUCUUGAGUGUUUAGUUUACCAUUUGUAAGGAAAAACCCGUCCCUCUUUGAGCGAAAAAACUAUUAUUUCAAGGGACGCGCCAAAGAAGUCUGCUAGAGACGUCAAGUGGGCGUGGUUCGAUAGAUGGAAGAAAAAAUUUUCCGCGCAUUUAAAUCGGAUUGGAAAGAGAAGAAUACUUUUAAGGUUUUCUAUCUUUCCCGCAGAGUGAGUUGUAUCAGUUGACAUUCCAAACUUUCAGUUCCUUCUUGAGAAUGCUUAACGUUUUUUUGCGGUUUUGCCAUUUUUUGUCUUUUUUUUUUAGAUCGUCCACAACCGACAAAUACUUUUAACUCGGUUGUAGUACCACAGUGGAAGAAAGAACUCGCGGAAAGACGAAAAAAUCGGCCCGAAACUAUUAAUGGCGUACAAAUGUCCAACAAAGAAAACGAGCCCAAGACGUCACCUGAAAUACCGCAGUGGAAGAAAGAAAUUGUCGAAAGGAGGAAACGCCGAGAGACAUCACCAGUCAGAGUGCAUGACAAAAUUGAUCGGUCUCCGCAGACGCCUGAGUGGAAACAAAGGUUGUCGAACAACCGCCGAACCCAACCGAUUGUUAUUCCGAGAGGCCCAUCGGAAGAUUCCGGGGACCAGGUUCCAAGUUUCAUGAAGGAGUUCGAGAAGAAAAAGAGAACUUUUCCUCGAGGUAAUGAAAUGAAU